UGGAAGCGCUUAAGAUCAACCCAGAAGAAAAAAAACAACCUGGGAAAUCAAUGACGUCUUUUUUUCUUUCUUUUGAUGGAUUGUCCAUUGUUUAAAGAUGCACUUCGGUAUUAAGAAUUGUAGCCGUCUAAUAGUGUUCUGUUUUGUUUUCGGAAUAGCUGACUCCAAAUGUGUGAAUCAAUUCAGUGUUGUCAUGUAUUCAAGGCGUGUGGUAUGUGAUACUACAUUCAGACUAUCAAUGAGUGGACGGACGUGUUGAUCUGUCUUCUUUCGUGCAUCCUUCUCUGGAGAUCUGACCAAGACGCAGGUGUGAACUCAUUGUGUCUGGUUCCACUUCUUUGGAAUUCUGUCCAAGUCGUGGAACAAUAACAACAUGUUCUCUCUCUCUGUAACAGAAUACGUUGUUUGUUUUUACAUCUCUAUCUCCCUAGUGAGAUCAUCAUUGAACAAAUGUGAACAACAAAAAAGUCGAGUGUAAAAAAAAAAAUGUAUUUGAAAAUAAUGGGCGCCUGAAAACGAACUGCCCUCCGGACUUGAAGACGGCGAUGUACAUCCUAAUGAGGGGACAUGGCCCGGAUUAGAAAACUUUUUUUUCUUUCUUGUGAUAACAAACCCGAGUUUGGAUUACAAUCCCUUUUUUAUGUUGUGAACAGUUUGAUUCGUUUCGGAUGUGGAGGCUUAGAUUUCGAACUGGUCAGCUGAUGUGUGCGCUCGGAGGAGCUACCACUGAAUGGUAGCAACAACUACAUGGUGUUCUUUUGCGGAGCGAAAAGUGUUUCUGAGCACUGAUUGAAAUCCACCAGAUAUUUGAUGAAGUUGGAUAGACUUUCAGCUUUGGAAAGAAUGACAGAUUUAGACGAUAAGUCACGUGGUUUGCUUGUUAAUGAAGAUCCUGUACGUUGCAUACAAUGAUUUAGGCCAUUUUGUUUCGACGUGGCGACAUUAGCUGGGUUGCUUCGUGAUUUGUGUUAUGACACAUGUAUGCCAGAUGUGGAUAUCGCUGCUACGCUUGACCUGCUUCCGAUGUGAUGUCUACCUGUGGAUAAAUACACCGUGCCAGUUGACCUGUCCAGUGUUGUCAUGAUUAUCUUCAUCAUUCUUUUAAAAAUACUUGACGUGGUCUUGUCAAUAUUUGCCUUUGCUACAACCACUAGCCAUAAGAGUUCCACCACCUUCAGCAUCUUAUGUGCAAAUGCAACACAACCUGAAGACCGCACCUUCUAUUACAGCUACCCCUAUGAUCUAGAGAGUGAAUGCUUCAAGCUUUGUGACACUGAUGCCAAACAGUUCUGCCUGUUGUCUGGCUCCAAGUCAUCAGCUGAAUUCUAUGUGUUUGUGGGUGUGAUAGUCUUCUUGUAUUGUCUGGCAGCACUAGUCCUCUACAUAUUCUUUGAUGACUUGUACAGACGUAACACGAGGCUGGUCAUUGUGGACUUCAUCAUUUCUGUUGUUCUGACCCUAUUAUGGAUUAUUGCCUCCUCUGCUUGGGCAGCAGGAGUGAGUGAUGUGAAAACAUACACUGACCCAGAGGAAGGAGGUAUUUUUGGUACUGGCCAAUGCCAAAAGGACCUCUGUAAGGUCAAGAGUUUAGGCAACUUUGCUAGCCUUAAUGUUUCCUUAAUCUUUGGUUUUCUUAACUUUGGAGUUUGGAUUGGGAACCUGUGGUUCAUCUACAAGGAGACUCCAUGGUUUAAACUGACAAGCAAACCACCUACAGAGCCAGCCAGCACCCCCCAGUCUGUAGACAGCAGCAUCAAUCACAUCUGAGACAACCCUUUUUUUUACGAUCUUUGAGGAGGACUUAGGCAUGUGUGCACUAGACUAGUCUUUGUGUGUUUGUGUCUCCACAGAAUACUACUGUUUGUCUGUUACAUUAUAAAUACAUCAUCACUAAAUUAUGAAUUUCAUUUUGAUUGUAAUGCAAAGAUUUGUUUUAUUUUUAAAAUUGAUUGCUAACAUUUCAAAGGUUCAACAGUUGAGAUUUUACAUUUGACCGAAAAUUUCAAUGAAUUAUUUUUCUCUCCACGUUCUUACGUUGCUGAUUUAUUGCAACAAUUCUUUCAAUGUAUUUCAUGAUCUGAUCAACACCUAGUUAUUAGUCUUUUUAAUUAGUAAUUUUUAUUUUAUUUUAAUCAACUGCUGAUAUACUCACUCCAUGAGCUAAUAAAAAAAAAGGCAUAUAAAAAAAACUAGUUGAUUGUUUCUAAGGAAGUUUGACUUUUUAAAUAAAGUUUUUUUUUGUUGAAAAACGUCGUUAGAUGCAGCUGAGCCCCCCUCCCCCUUCCUUUAAGACAUAGAUCCUCCUCAACUCUGUUUAUCUUGGGCAUGCACACAGUCAUUUGGAAAUCCAACUAGAGUUUUUUGGUUUAAAAACUUAAAUGCAAUGUCAGGGAAGGGAUCUAUUCUGGAAAUUUUGGUCCUAAGAUUGAAAGGUAUUAAAGGCAUUCAAUUUCUGAACAGCACUAUUCUAAACUAACAUCUAGGUGUUGGGAUGUAUCUUUUUUUUGAGAACCCUUUGAAAUGUUACUUUGUAUUCGUGCUAACAUUAAAUUGCUGGUAAGUGUGGAAUUUUGUUUGCGUUUUUUAAAUAUUUUUUUUUCCGCCUUGAACUCUGUCCCACUUGGGCUCAACGCUCUCGUGCAGCAUGUAUGAUGCUGUCCCUUUAUUUGACUGUGACAAUGCUAUGAUGUAUGAUGUUAUAUUUCCCCCCUCAGACCAACAUAGUCCUAUCUCUGGAAAUAACUACUAAGUAAAGUCAACUGUCAGCAGACGUCCCAUAUCUUGUGUAAGUAAACCACUUGUUGCCAACUCUACUCACCCCACCUUCCUUCAGUUUUUGUUUAAAAUACCAUUUCAAGAAUUUAUUGCCAUUACAAGAUUAAGAUAAAAUAACUUAAUAUAAAUCUAUAUCAUCUUUAUAAUUGCAAACACUCACUUUUUUUUCUGUUUAAGCAAAACAAAAUACAACAAACUUUAAAGACUAUUAUAGUUCAAUUUUGUUUCAAAACAUCAAAAUUUGCUUCAGUGCUUUUUGGAUCUUGUUGCAUGACAUUUCCUGCUUUUGUUGAAUUUUGUUUUUUCUGAUUUUUUUUUUUUUGGUGAUUGGUUGUGUUUUAUUUUGUUUUUUGAAAGUUUUUUCAGGCUAAAAAGUGUUUUUUUUUUUGUAUUUUUGGGUUGUUAUUAUUUAAAUUUAGUUUUAUGUGGUUUGAUUUAUUAUUAUUACAAUAAUUAUUAGAUUUUGAUUUGCAACAAAUGUUGCAUAUUUCCUCAGAUGUGAUUUCUUGUUAUUGUAUGUUAGAGUUCUUGUAGAAAUAAAAAAAAUUCUGCUAGUUUGUUGACCUGAGAAGCAAGUCUUUAAAUACUAAAUUCUAAUAAUAUUUAAUUAACAGAUGUAUGCACUUUAAAAUGGUAUUUAAGAAAAUAGUGAAUUCAUUCUUUCUUAAGAGCAUACUUUUCAGUAAAUCUUUCCAAAGAAUUGUGAAAAUAACAAAGGAAUGAAAGGAGAUCAAUUUAGUGGCUAAUUUAUUUGUUUUAAGGAAACCUGUUUGUAUUUAUUGUCUUUUAGUUUUAGAACUAUUAGAUACUGAUACUCUCCGAUGCUGUGCAUGUGUCUGCAUGUCUGCCUCAUCAUGAUCCACUGUUAGCAUUGUGUGAUUGCUUCAUUACUCAUUUGGAGCUUUUGUUGAAGAUGGGCUUCAAAUUUUGUUUUGUUUCUGUUACCUCUACCAUUCCUUGUUUUAACACAGUCCAAUUCAUAUUCUAUGUUACUAAUGUAUACAACUUAUACUAUUGCUAUUGCUUAUGUAAUGUCAUGUUUAGAAAGGCUAAUGUCAAGUAUUAACUACAUAGCAAUGUUCAACAUAUUUGAUUUAGUGUGUGUAAACAAAACAGAUUAAAGAGAACUUGUAUUUAUUUCUGAA